UCAUGUGGGUGGUUCCUGGGCAUCCUCUGGCCUCUGCAGGGAAAGCACUGACUCCUCUGGGCUCUGGUCCCUGAGGUACAGAGCUGCAGCAGGGGCCACCCUGCCGGGGCUUCCUGUUCCUGCUGGGCUCUGCCUCUCCUGCUUCCCAAGAGCCCAGGCGCAGGGGCACAGGGCCGCAGGGGCCACGAGCUACCACCGUUACACCAACCGCCGUCCCUGUAGCAAAGCCAGCAGCCACACCAUGCUGCCUUUGUUCCUGGUCCUCUCAUGCCUGGGCCAACUGAUCACUGCGGGCCAGGACUCUGAAACACCACUUCUGCAGACCAUAGUGCCACAGAAAAUCGAGAACAGCAUCAACGAUUCCAAGGUCACUUACUUGGUCAGAAUUGAGGGGAAAACAUACACAUUCCAUCUUGAAAAACAGUCAUUUUUGCAUCCACGUUUUAUGGCAUAUUCGCAUAGCAAGUUAGGAACAUUGCAACUGCAUUACUCUUUAAUAAAGGGCCAUUGCUUCUAUCAAGGACACGCUGUGGAGAUUCCAGCAUCGACUGUGACACUCAGCACUUGCUCAGGUCUCAGGGGCUUGUUACAGUUAGAAAACAUCACUUAUGGAAUCGAGCCAUUACAAUCUUCGGCUACAUUUGAACACAUAAUUUAUCAAAUAAAGAACAAUAAAAUUGAUUAUUCCCCCUUCAAAGAAAACUUAAAUCUCCAGCAUGAAAGUCAGUCCUACCGAAUUCUUGUAAAACCAGAGAAAGGUUCAAAUGUGUCACUGAUGAAAAGGAUGCUGAGUGUGAAGGUCAUCGUGGAUAAAGCCAUGUUUGGCCAUAUGGGCUCUGAGAUGGGAGUUGCAGUUCAGAAAGUUGUUCAUAUCUUUGGUCUCAUUAACACCAUGUUUUCCCAGCUGAAGAUGACUGUGAUGUUAACAUCUUUAGAGAUCUGGUCAGACCAAAAUAAGAUAGAAACAAACGGGGAUGCUGAUGAAGUUCUGCAAAGGUUUCUGCUGUGGAAACAAAAACAAGCAUCUGAAAGGGCCCAGGAUAUCACGUACUUACUCCUGUAUAAGGAUUAUCCUGAUUAUGUGGGAGCAACAUAUCACGGCAUAGCCUGCAACCCAAAGUUUACAGCAGGAAUCGCUCUGCACCCGAAGACGUUAACCGUGGAGGGCUUUGCUGUUGUUCUGUCCCAGCUGCUUGGAAUUAACCUGGGGUUAACUUAUGACGACGUCUACAACUGCUUCUGCCCAGGAAGUGUGUGCAUAAUGAAUCCUUCGGCAAUACGUUCCCAAGGCGUAAAGGUUUUUAGCAGUUGCAGCCUGGAUGGAUUCAAACAGUUGGCUUCACAGCCUGAGCUAGACUGCCUUCAGAACAAACCAGUGCCAGAAACUGUCGCUGUGCCUCAAGGGCCAAUUUGUGGUAACGGCAAAUUGGAGGAGCCAGAGGAGUGUGACUGUGGCCCACCAGAGACCUGUCGUCUUAAAGGAUGUUGUGACGCUGAGUCUUGUACUCUGAGAAAGCCUGCAGCGUGUGGGUCAGGGGCGUGCUGUGACAGAAGGACAUGCAAGGUAGCCGAAAGAGGGCAUCUGUGUAGGAAAAGCACAGACUUGUGUGAUUUCCCUGAGUUCUGCAAUGGACAGUCUGAACACUGCGUCCCCGACAUCAAAGCUGCUGACCUAGAACCAUGCAACAACUACACUGCCUAUUGCUUUGGUGGGAUCUGCCGAGACCUGGAUAGGCAGUGCAUGGAUUUAUUUGGAAAACAUGCUAGGGGUCCUAAUUAUUUGUGUAUACAAGAAGUGAAUAUUCAAAAUGACAAAUUCGGAAACUGUCAUGGACGCUGUAAUUAUAGUGCUGUAUUUUGUGGAAAAGUGGCUUGUAUCUGGGACCGUACAGAAAUCAUAUUAACAGAUAAAUAUGAUGUCCAGUAUACUUACAUUGGAGGUCAUGUGUGUGUGUCCGCACAUUUAAGAAACCCUGAGGGCACUGAUGAUACCUAUGUACAUGAUGGUACCAUUUGUGGUGGUGGCAAGGCUUGUAUCCAAGGGAAGUGCUUACGUGUGCAUGCCUACAGAGGACCUUUACAAUGCGACUCGGAGAUAAAGUGCCAAGGAAACGGGAUUUGCAACAGUCUACACAACUGUCAAUGUGACGUUGGCUAUGCACCUCCGGAGUGUGACAUGACACCUUCAUCUCCAGGAGGGAGCUUUGAUGAUGGAUUUUGGCUACCCUUCGAGAAAAGCACACCUUUGAUUGUCAAGCAGCGUGGUGCUCGCUAUAAAAAGGGACUUUUGAUCAGUUUCUAUGUUUUCCUGCCUUUCCUCAUCAUGUUUGCCAUCUGUGUUAUUAAGCAGAAUAUCACCAAGGGAUUCCAGCACAAGGAAGAGACUGUAGUGAGUGGAGGAUCGAUUUUAGAAGACAAUGAAAAAGGCAGCCACCAGUGACAGUGCCAAAGGAGUUAGGCACAUUGAAGCCACAAUGGAAGAAGGACUCCACCAGGAAACUCUCUGUGACGCGGGCUGAUCCAAGAACAAGAACCAGCCUGUCUCUUUUUCUGUGGCUUAUAGAUUUCAGUUUUACAUACCUCCAAAUAAAAUCUAUGGCUGAAAGUCUA